AUGACAUCCGAUCGUAGUUGGGUUGGUCAUAGUCGAUACAAUGAGCUGAAAUAUAUAACGGAAGAAUACAAGAAUGGUGUGGAUAGUUUUCUUAAAUUUGCUUGUGAUAAUCUUAAAGAUGAAGAUGAAGGCCUUAUGAGAUGUCCAUGUCAAAAGUGUAAAAAUAGGUAUUUCAAAGAUCCUAGUGGUGUGAAAGUUGAUUUGUAUCUUCAUGGGAUUAUGCAAUGGUAUACCAAGUGGGAUUUACAUGGGGAGAAAGAUAUGCCCCGAGUUGAAGUUGGAAUGAGUUCCGGUCGUAAUGAUGAUGAUGAUGACAUGCAUGAUGCUCAUAGCAUGCUAAGAGAUUUUGCAGAUGCAAAUAGAUAUUUUGAGAAUUUUGAGGAGGAACCAAAUGCCGAUGCCAAAGAAUUUUACAAUAUGGUGAAUGAUGCCUCUGAACCAAUCUAUCCAAAUAACAAGGAUUACACAAGAUUGUCAUUUGUAAACAAGCUACUACAUUUCAAGAACAAGCAUCAUUGUAGUAAUAAUGGCUUCGAUGAGUUACUUUGUCUUAUUGGAUCGGUGUUACCUGAUGGUCACAAACUUCCCAGAAGCUAUUAUGAGGUGCGAAAGAUGAUAUCGGCAUUGCAUAUGGGAUAUGAAAAAAUUGAUGCUUGUGAAAAUGAUUGCAUGUUAUUUUACAAGGAAGACAUCAACAAGACACAUUGUGACAUAUGUUAUACAAGCCGAUACAAGGAACAAAAGGAUCCAAAGAAGAAGAAGAUUGCACGAAAGAUCUUGCGCUACUUUCCUCUCACCCAAAGGUUGCAACGCUUGUUUAUGGCUGAGAAGACAGCUGAGUGUAUGAGGUGGCACCAGAACAGAGUUGAGAUUCGAAAUGUUAGACUUGGCCUUUCCACUGAUGGAUUUGACCCAUUUCGUGAUGCACAUGCAAGGGAAUAUACAGUCUGGCCUGUGGUGGUUGUUGUGUACAACCUUCCUCCAUCUAUGUGCACGAAGGCUCCAUACAUGUUCAUGCCUCUUCUCAUUCCUGGACCGAGUGAUCCUACAAAAGAUCUUCAUGUUUAUCUUCGACCACUGAUUGAUGAAUUGAAAUUAUUGUGGCACACCGGGGUGGAAACAUAUGAUAGAUUCUCACGUACCAAUUUUAUGAUGAAGGCGGCACUAAUGUGGACAAUCAGUGACUUUCCUGCACUUGCCAUGCUUAGUGGAUGGUCAACUAAAGGCAAGUUGUCUUGUCCAGUUUGUAUCGGAGAAGUUAAAGCCACUCAACUAAAACAUGGUGGUAAACCUAGCUUUUAUGGCACUGCUCGAUAUUUCUUAGACCAAGAUGAUCCACUUAGAAGGAGUACAAAGUUCGGAAGAACUAAGGUACUAUCAGUCACAUAUCGACAUUCUGGAAUAAUAGCAAAGACAAUGUGCGAGCAGAUACAGUUUCCCAAUCCGGGAAAGACAUCUUGGAGAAAACCCAGGGAUUAUGGUGUGACACAUAAUUGGACUCACUUUUCGCCAUUUUUUGAGCUCCCGUAUUGGGAGACACUUAGACUUCGUCAUUGCAUCGAUGUCAUGCACACCGAGAAAAAUGUUUUUGACAACAUAUUUUGCACAUUGAUUAAUGACAAGAAGAAGUCGAAAGACAACUUGAAGGCAAGACGUGAUUGCAUGGAAUUGGGAAUACAUCGUGAGUUAUGGAUAAAAGAUGACGGCACAAUACCAAGCGCGCCAUACGUGCAAUCACGGUGA